AUGGUAGCCGGAGGCCAUGAUCGACAAGCUGCUGGCCGAGCAAGCAACGAAGACGCUGAGAGUCUGCCGGCCGAGCUGACCAUCGACGUCAUGAGCUACCUGCGCCCUCACGAUCUGACGCAGCUGGCGCGCGCUUCGAAGCGGUAUCGCGAGUUUGCGCAGUCGGUGCUCUGGACGAACAUCGAGCUCCACCGCCAAGACGCCCACGAUAACUGCUUCACCCUUUCCCACAAGCAGCCUCGAAGAGCCUACCUGGACGACGACUUGCUACAUCCAUGGUGCUACCGCGAUUACGACGGGGUGGAUGCCGAAUACGAUACCAGAAACGAGCAGUUUCAUGCUGCCAUCAAGGAUAUGUAUGCGUCCAAUGGCAAAUCUGAAGCUUGGAAUCGGAUCAAGCCGGUCGUACGACACCUUUGCCUCACGGUAACGCAUGAGAGCCCGCCCCAGAUCUGGAACAUGAUACUGUCACUUCCUAAUCUCCGUACGAUUGAGAUCAUUGGCGAGUACUCCGAAGAUCGGAAAGGCCCGCCUACAGCUCAGCUGGGCCUCCGGCAUCCGGCGGCAACCAGUGUACAGCAUGUACGUCUGAGAGGCUAUGUUCCCGUGGAGUUUGUUUCGGCCAUCUGCAGGGCUUCAGCGUCUACUAUCGUCAGUCUUGAUUUCGGCGCGCUCGACGAACCAGAGUUCUUCAGAGGCCCCGAAGAGGCACAACUGCACUUUUAUGAGAGCUGUGAGGUCUACAUUGGUCCCCGAGGUAGCCUAUGGCACGAUGCAGCGUGGCCUGAGUUCGCCUCGCUCACUCAUUUGCUACUCUGUAAGCCUGUUUGGUUCAAUGGAUUCCGCAAGAGACCCAAUGAUCUUGACUACGAAGCCCCUCAAAUGAAGCAAUGGGCGUCUCUGCUGCGAUCUAUUCGUCUCACCGCGGUAGAGAUCGUGCUGGAACACCGGAAAAUAUUCGUCGACCGCCAUGACGAGGUCGAUGAGCACAUCAAAGCGGAUGAAGACGUCAAAUGCCCCCCUGAUAUCCGAUUUCGUCAUCGGGUGGUGGAGCAAGCUUUCACCGAACCAUGGCCAAAUCUCAAGACCUUGACCUUCCGUGGCAUGAGCUCCGCUAAAGGCGACUACUGGCCUAAAGCAGGACCGGAUGAAUCCCUAAAAGACUAUUUAAGGAAGCUGUUACCAGGAGUUCAGGUGAACCAGAUCCUAGGCAACUACAUGUUCUUCAACACUGAACGUGGCACAAUUCUCAACCAACAUGGCGCCGACGGACUGAAAGUGCAUCUCGAGUUCGACGGAAAACACGAUCUUGAGGCUCUCUACGACAGUGACAAUUUCACUGAUGAGGACGAUUGGGAGUGGAGGAAAACUUCGCUAGACUACUUGUAUCACCUUUCAACGCGCGAAUAG